CAUUCGCGACCGCGUGUUCAUGUAGACGUCCAUCCAUAAGUACGGUCCGCUAUGCCGUACGGAUUUAGUCUCUGCAAAGGCGUGCGUUAAUGGUAAGCUGUGUCCGCACGGGCGCCGUCUUCACGUUGGUUUUGUCGUGGCGAGUACAAACAAUUCCUGCUGGGGCCUCCUCUGGUGAUGAGAGGGUCGUUGUGUGUGUGACAGUGGGACAUGGCAGUGGUUAACUUCGCCAUGUCCCCCCUGAGACGUCGCAACUGCUUCUUGGUGCUCGCUUUUGUCGUCUUCAUACCCUUCUGCGCCUUCGUGCUUUUCUCCGUGCCAGACAUAACAUCGGAACAAAUGUUGAUCCAGCGUCUGGCCGAGCUGCAAGUAAAACUGCAAUACUUGGAUUCGAUGUAUAGGGCCAGACAGGAGGACCUGCAGCAGCUGACCCAGCAUAUUGACCAGAUCGGCAUUCCUAACGACAACACGACCACUUUUAGCUUUCCAACGACGGAACUUCGGCCUGAAAUCAAACAGUUAAUCAAGAACAUGUCAGGAAUGCAUGCGGCCACAGGACUAAAUCCGCCUAUUAUGUUGCGGCUGCCUUCUUCCUAUCACUUCCUUCCGCAUCUACUCGAUGAUCCGUCGAGUUUAAGGCUGGCCUACUUGAUGUCCAAAGGCAGGAAUGGGGUGUCCGUGGUUAUGGGGGUGCCCACUGUCCGAAGAGAAAAACAAAGCUAUUUAAUGGAUACGUUGCAAAAUCUUAUCGAUGGGAUGAAUGGCGCAGAAGCCAAUGAUUCUUUAAUUGUUGUUUUUGUUGCCGAGACCGAUCUUGAAUACGUACUUCAGGUGGCAAAGGAAAUUGAAAUGAGGUUCCCGAUGCAAGUGGAUUCCGGUUUAAUCGAAGUGCUUUCACCUUCUCCGGCCUACUAUCCGAAUUUAGAUAAGCUACGGAUCACGUUAGGGGAUCCCCCGGAACGAGUUAGGUGGAGGUCUAAGCAGAACUUGGAUUUCGCCUUUCUCAUGUCCUACUCUCAGCCUAAAGGAACGUUUUAUCUGCAACUAGAAGACGAUAUUUUAGCGAAGCCAAAUUACGUUACCGAAAUGAAAAAAUUUGCCAUAGAAAAAAUUGCUAGGAAGGAACCGUGGUUUGUCUUGGAUUUUUGCCAGCUGGGUUUUAUUGGAAAAAUGUUCAAGAGUGCAGAACUACCGUGGCUAAUACAAUUUUUUCAAAUGUUCUACAACGAUAAACCCGUGGAUUGGCUCUUGGACCAUCUUAUUUUCACCAAAGUUUGCAACUGGGACAAGAAUAGUAACUGUAAAAGGGAUAAGGCCAAAAUGUGGGUGCACUACAAACCUUCGCUUUUCCAACAUAUUGGAACACAUUCCUCCCUCAAGGGAAAAGUUCAGAAACUUAAGGACAAGCAGUUUGGCAAAGUGGCGCUGUUCUUUCCUCACGGCAACCCCGAUGCGGAAGUUAUCUCAGGAAUAAAACAUUAUAAGCAGUACACCUUGGAGCGGGCGUAUUUAGGAGAAACAUUUUUCUGGGGCUUGCUUCCAUCCCCAGGCGACCAACUCAUAUUUAAAUUCACCGCUCCAAUAUGGAUAAAGAGGUUCUUCUUCAGAAGCGGUAACGCCGAGCAUCCUUCAGAUAAGUUCUAUAAUACCACGGUGGAGGUGUUGCCCGCUGAAGCGAAUCAAUACGGCAAUUCCUUGAACGUGACAAGUGAUGGCUAUAUUGUUGUAGGAAAGUUCGAUAGUGUUGGUAUAGCCACAGGCGUUCCAGACGAAAGCAUCGGAAAGAUACAAACUCUUCGCCUUCAUGUACAUAGUGAAAGCGACAACUGGGCCAUCCUGAGUGAAAUACACAUCCAGGACGAACUGGCCACCAGGUGACCAGAGACGGGCGGCCGGGCAGCUCUUUUUUAUCCACACAUCCGUCAUCGCUACAUGCUCGACCGCUCACCGUCGCACCCUCUGUGAUAUCCGAGUCGACAACCCCCGAACACUCCACAACCACGCGUGCAAUAUCUGCUUAUCGCAGCUUCUGCAAUUCUGUCACAGCAAUUACCUAAUCUUGAUUGUACCGAAUUACUCCUACUAUGACUCAACUAAAGUCGUAUUCAGCAGACGUCCCAUACGCAUCAUAAUUGCUUAUUGUCCGAUUUCUGCUUUGAGCAUUCCCAAACCCCCAUCAUCGCCUCCAUCAUACCACAUUUCAAUUACCUCCAGUGGCCUAAUUGGUUUUCAUUCAUCGACAAUCAACGUAUGCAGACCCCAAAGGUUGGUCUAUAUUGCAGGAUCAAUCUGUCAAUCUGCUGAAUACAAAAAUGGAUACCCUUCUGGCUGCAACGAAAUUUUAAUACUCCAACUCAUACUCAUUAUUGGUUGUCUCGUUAUGAAAUUCGAUUUAUUUAAAUGCCAUGAUAAAUUAUUCAACUAGUCCCCGGGAUGAAUUAGUUUAUCUAAGACAGUCUUAUUUUCCAUCUUUCUUUUCUUUGUUUAAUGUGUAUGCACGUACGCUGUAAGAAUCUCAAUGAAGAUAGAAAUUCGUGUUGCUUCUAGAUAGGUAAAUAAAAAAGAAAUAAAAAAUCUAGAAAAGAAAAAUAUCUUUGUCUUCCUUAAAAACCCUCUAACAGCGUGCGUGCUUAGAGUAAGCUGUUAAUUUUCUUGAUAAGCGUUCUUCUAUUCAUGUAAACAAUGUUGAUGUGUGAUGAAAAAUCUAUGUGUUAAAUAAUUGUAUUUCAAGUGCGUGAUAUAGGUUGACCAAAUUUGCAAGUAUGUUUUGGUUGCUUAUUUUUGUAAUAGCGUUUUAGUUAGAGCCAGUCUCUAAAUUAGUUCCUUGUUGUGUGUUUUAGUUUGUUAUUUAUUUUAUAAAACUAUUGUAAGCAAUAUUUUAACGAAUAUAAUAAUUGUUAUGUGUACAUAAUAUUUUAGUUUUUUUUUUUUUUGUUAACUCAUUUUUUUUUUAUUUGGGGUCUAUUAAUUUCAAGUAUAUUAACGCAUUUUAACAUUAAUUGUUGUUUAUAACAAAUAUAUUGCACUAAUAAACGAUUGACAUCAUUGUUAAAAAAUGUUAAAUGUGAAAUUGAGACUGAUUGUAAAUCAAAUAUUUAAAUAUAAACACUAAAUAUUAA